GUUGUUGUUUAUUUGACAAUGAGGGGACUAAUUAGCGUUGUGUAUUUGUUCGUAACGUGUUUGUACGGAUCCGUAUUCAUCAUCGCUCCAACCUUUGUUUGUUCUUUAUUUUCACCAAAAUAUUCAAACAAACUUAUCAACAUUUUGGUUGCAGCGUGGAAGAUGCAAGUUGUGAUUUGUCUUGAAAUGUUCCAUGGAAUGAAAGUUGUCGUGUCGGGCGAUUGUUACGAAACAGAAGGAAACGCAAUGAUCCUUAUGAAUCAUAGAACGAGGCUCGAUUGGAUUUAUUUGUUUGGUUAUCUUUUUCGGGGGAAGAUUCUCCACAAACAGAAGAUCGUGUUAAAGUCGCAGAUAAAGUGGAUCCCUGGAGUUGGUUGGUCGAUGCAGGCCGGGGGCGGAAUAUUUCUCGAUAGAAGUUGGGAUUCUGAUCAAACGAACAUCGUUAAAAUGUUGGACCAUUUUAAUAUGCUUGAAUCGAACUAUAAUAUUCUGUUCUUCCCAGAAGGCACAGAUUUCAGCGAACAAAACAAGAUAAAAAGUGACAAGUUUGCUACAAAAGCUGGAUUGCCGCGAUAUGAACACGUCCUCCAUCCUAGAGUUGUCGGGUUGAAUUGUAUUGUUGAUCACAUGAGGAAAAGCAACAGCAUUGAUGCUAUCUAUGACAUAACAGUGGCUUAUUCUCAUGAUAUUCCACAAAGUGAAAGUGACAUCAUAAUGAGAGGGCCACCGAAAGUCGUACAUUACCAUAUAAGGAGGUAUCCAAUCUCUGAGCUUCCAGUGGGAGAUGUGUCGUCGUGGUGUCGCAAUGUUUGGCAACAUAAGGAAAAUUUACUUCACGAGUUUUACAACGAACUAAAUCUGAGUUGUCGGCAGUUUGAGACAAACAUGAAGAAAAAUCAAAUGUUUUUGUUUUAAUCAUGGGAUUUAUAUUUUGGGUUUUGUUUUCAUUACUUUGUACGUAUAUGUUGGCAAUGAACUUGUAUGUUCGUUGUUAUUUUGUUGCUGUAGCUUUGUUUUUUAUUAGCGGGACUUAUUUGUUCGGUGGAAUUGAAAAGUUGCAGAUAAUGUUUUGGGAAAAAUUCCACAAAAAUUAUUAGGAUUUCUGUUUAAUGUUUUUAUAAGAUGUUUAUGUUAUCACGUGACUGGUUGGAGGGAAAAUUUUAAAUUUGAUUUCAGCGGAUGUGUUUAUGACGUCACGUUACGUCAGCAUCGUUUUAAUAAAGGAUUUCGACACAAAGAGUUGUAACGUCUUUUAAUAAAGAUGACAAUUUUGACACCCCAUUAAUGACCACUGUCUGUUGGUGACAGCGACAACCCAAUGGAUUAAAGACAUGCACGCUAUACAAAUGUAGGUGAAUGUAUUUGUUGUGAUGGUUUAUGUUGAAA